AGAGAAGAGAUCAUGAGUUGUGUCUGCGCAGUCGUGUUGAAGAUGAAAAGGUCCCAGGGUUUGAGUCUGUAACUGAGGCUUUAACAGAAAAUCUUUAAAAAAGUAAAAGUUAGAAUACACCUGAAACUUUUAACUGACAUCAAACUCCUCUGGAUGCCCUAAAGGACCAAGAAAGAAUGAGCUAUUACGGAAGUAGCUACCGGAUUGUCAAUGUGGACUCCAAAUAUCCAGUCUAUCCUCCAGAGCAUGCCAUAGCUGAGAAGAGAAGAGCAAGGAGACGCCUGCUCCACAAAGAUGGCAGCUGUAAUGUAUACUUUAAACACAUUUUUGGAGAAUGGGGGAGCUACAUGGUUGAUAUUUUCACCACUCUUGUGGAUACCAAAUGGCGCCAUAUGUUUGUCAUAUUUUCUUUGUCUUACAUCCUUUCCUGGUUGAUAUUUGGCUCCAUAUUUUGGCUCAUAGCCUUUCAUCACGGAGACCUAUUAAGUGAUCCAGAUAUCACCCCUUGUGUUGACAACGUGCAUUCAUUUACGGCAGCAUUUUUAUUCUCCCUUGAGACCCAAACCACCAUAGGGUACGGUUACCGUUGUGUCACGGAAGAAUGCUCUAUGGCCGUGCUGACCGUGAUCCUUCAGUCCAUCCUAAGCUGCAUCAUAAACACCUUCAUCAUUGGAGCAGCCUUGGCAAAGAUGGCAACUGCCCGGAAGAGAGCCCAGACCAUCCGCUUCAGUUAUUUCGCGCUCAUUGGUAUGAGAGAUGGGAAGCUUUGCCUCAUGUGGCGCAUAGGUGACUUCCGACCAAACCAUGUGGUGGAGGGCACGGUGAGAGCCCAACUUCUGCGCUAUUCAGAAGACAGUGAAGGGCGGAUGACAAUGGCGUUUAAAGACCUUAAACUCGUCAAUGACCAGAUAAUCCUGGUAACUCCAGUGACUAUUGUCCAUGAAAUUGAUCAUGAGAGUCCUCUGUAUGCCCUUGACCGCAAGGCAGUGGCCAAAGAUAAUUUCGAGAUCCUGGUGACAUUUAUUUAUACAGGUGAUUCUACUGGGACAUCCCACCAGUCCAGAAGUUCCUAUGUCCCCAGAGAAAUUCUCUGGGGCCAUCGGUUUCAUGAUGUAUUGGAAGUGAAGAGAAAAUACUACAAGGUGAACUGCUUGCAGUUUGAAGGAAGUGUGGAAGUCUACGCACCCUUUUGCAGUGCCAAACAACUGGACUGGAAGGACCAACAACUCAACAACUUGGAGAAAACAUCCCCUGCCCGAGGAUCCUGCACGUCUGACACCAACACCAGGAGAAGGUCUUUCAGCGCAGUUGCCAUGGUGAGCAGUUGUGAGAACCCAGAGGAGACCAUCCUGUCCACACAAGAAGAGUGUAAGGAAGUCCCCUACCAGAAAGCCCUCCUGACUUUAAACAGGAUCUCCAUGGAAUCCCAGAUGUAGCCCUCCUCUCUGACCCUUACCUAAAGGCCCGGAGCUGUAAGCACGAUUUUUAACAAACUUACUUCUGUGAUUUGUGGCAGGAAUAGAAAGCAGAGCAGGUUAAACUUGGUGAAUAAUCAUCUAAAAAUUCCACAGUUUUCUAAUAUUAAAAUUUGUCUUCGGUAGCAGAGUUUGCAUUAGGAACGUGAUUAAGAAGCUUAAUUGAUUACAAUUAAUCUCAUUAUUGCAUAUAUUUGUGUCUCUUGAAGGUGAAGUAUUUAGGAGUGGGGGGAAGAGUCUGGUGGACUAGAUAAAAAUAGGGAAGCAGGUAAGCUAAAUAUUUGCAUAUAAAUAAAAAAUUAACGAUGGAAUGAGAACUUAUAACAAUAUCUUAUCAUCUAAGCACAACAUAUGAGAUUUGCCUCAGCCCAGAAACAUUGAGAUAAAAAAGUAAAACUCAGUGUGGUUUGAAUUACAGGAUUUGCCUCUCAUAGUAUCUUGGCAUCUGUACACACACAGAGACGUGGCUUUAAGAAAUUGAAAAUGCCAUCAAGUCACAAAUUUCUUUCAGCGGAACUUGCCUAAAGUGUUAUUAGCGAGUGCUGGAAGCCAGAGCCUUGUGACAGAAGAAAGAGGAACAUCACUAUGUAAAGAAGCAUUUUUCUCUUAAAUACCUUGGUUCAAUGGGGGAUCAGAAGUGAGUCAGGGCCUUUCUGUGUGCUCCCUGGAGAAGUCUCCUGUGCUCAUACUCCCACUGUGCUUAAACAUCUGUGAAGAAGCGACAUUGCAGCAGUGGGAUACAGGAGUGGGCAGUAGCUGUAUGUAUCCUCAGACCUUUGGAGAAUAGAGGCUAGAUGCUAUCGGUUCCUGGUCCUGAGAGGCUACAGUGUGGGUUGAGGAGAAUUCAAAGAGAUAGAGCCUCUCCUGAAGGCAGAGGAGCGGUGUCUAUGGUGACUGGAGUCUCAGGUCUUAGUACUUUUGUCAACAAUGCAAUGAUAUUGAUUUGAUUAUAUACUAGAGGAAUAAAUUGACUAUUACAGAGCUGCUUAAAUUUUAGGACAAGAGAUAAAUGUGUAUUUUCUGCCUUAAUCUUGUUAAAGGAUUAACAAGAUUCCUUUUAACAGGAACCCAGUCUAAGACACUGUAAACUUUAUAAACUAAAGAAUUAUUAUCAAUGGCUUGGCAUCAUUUGUGUGAUUAUUUCCAUUGUUGCUGAGCUGGGAAUGAGUAUAUUAUAUAGCUCUCACUUAAUUUAAGCACACAGAUAUUUUUGCUUCUUUUGGUGACUUCUUUCUCGCUUGUCCUCUUACCCCCCCCCCCCACACACACACACUUAGUUACAUAAGCACACUGAACUGAAUCACACAAUUCAUGAUUACCAAGCUAAGUCAAAUAAAUAGAUAUUUGAAGGGGUCACUUUUUCUUCUUUUUCUGUCAUUUUUUUCUCCCUCUCCCUUUCUAUCUUUGCCUUUUCCUGUUAACCAGGCUCAAUACAGAAUACAGUGUAACUUCUCUAAUGCACUUGUGUAAAUAAAUCUUUCAUUCCUGCUGUCUUAUAAAUAAGAGAUCUGUUCAAGGGGCAUGUUACAAACUGUCCUGAAACUUAAUAUCUGAAACCUAAAUCAUGUUUAAUCUGCACUGCUCAGGGAAUGGAGAAUCCAUUAGUUAAACCAUAGAGCCAUGUAUUUAUCUACCUACACAUCUGGCAUGCACAAACACACAGACACACAUACACAGAGAGAGAGGGGGGGAGGGGCGGGGCACAGGAGAUAGAGACGCAUGGAGCAAAUUCAGAUUUUGUAGAAGGAAUUACUUGUCCAAAUUAGAAUAUUACUCUUUCCAAGCCCGAAAAAGCAUCAUUCUAACAAUGCUUUCUCCACCAAUUUGAAUUUGUUUUCCUAGAAGGCAGGUGCAUUUCUGUACAUUGUUUUUCCUUUGCUCUGUCCUCCCAUGACAAGAUUAGUAUAAGAGUUGGAGGGGCAGGAAUUAUUGACUUCUGAUUAAAGAGAUUCUGGUAUACUGUGGGUUCACACACAAAGUGGACUGUAUGGUUAGCAUUCACGUGUCCCGUGCAUCUCUCACCUUAUGUGCAGAUUUAUAACAUGCUUUGACACGCCUGAUGACUUACUUAAUAAAGAUUUUAGAC